UAACGCCCGCUUUGGUCCCGAUUUUAUUUAAAGGAAAUAGGCUGUAAUUCAUCACUAACAGUCAUCAUGACUUCACCAUAUACUCAUUACUUUAAAUACUCUAACACUAUCAUAAAUACAAUCAGAUUUUCGAAAGAAAUAGGAACUUAUGUAAAGGGUUUUAGCUCCUCCCAUAAUCAUUGUAUAACUUUGCUUACACAAGUCCUUAACCCCUGAAGUAAAGCUGUAGUCCAUGUGGCAUUCAUUCUGUCACUGUUUAGAGGAAGGGAAGGUCAGAGCUAAUGUUUCUUGGGAGUAGGAAGCUGUUGAAAGUUAUCAUUGUCAGUGCCACAGCUGGUGCCAGUGCGUUGAUAGGGUGUGGAACAAGAGUUUAUGGUCAGAAGGUCAGCGGAUUGAGCUCAUAUUAUAGGGUGUAGCACAGUUUACAGUCACAAUGUUGUUGGUAGGAGUACUAAUCUACUUGGCUUUCCUCUUCACCGGACAUACCUCACAGGCUCAGGGAAACUACAAUUACAACGUUCCAGGGACAAGCAUGUUCACUGAUAUCACUCAAGAAGUGUUCAGGUCAAACCCUGACAGUAACCCAGUUCAGCUCAACUAUGGAGUGGCUGUAACUGAUGUGGACAAUGAUGGACAGUUGGAAAUUGUUGUUGCUGGAUAUAAUGGGCCAAACUUAGUGCUGAAGUACAAUAAAGAUGAGGGUCAGCUUGUCAACCUUGCUGUCAAUGAUCCAGAGUCCCCAUACUACCCUCUGAGAGAUGUUGGGGGAAAUGCCAUUGGUGUUUGUGCAUGUGAUGUUGAUGGAGAUGGGAGAGAGGAGAUUUACUUCCUCAACACCAAUCAGGCAUACUCAGGAAUGGCCACUUACUCGGACAAGCUCUUCAAGUUCAGAAAUGGUCGAUAUGAGGACAUCUUGAAUGAUGAUAUCAACAAGAACAUUGCAAGCUACUUUGCCGGCCGUUCAGUUGCUUGUAUAGAUAGAAAUGGAAAUGGCAAAUAUGCUGUCUAUCUUGCUAAUUAUGCAAGUGGCAAUGUUGGCCCACAUUCCUUGAUUGAAAUGGAUGAGAACCGUAGUGAUGUAGCCAACGGUGUGAUUGCACUGAGAAAUGUUGCAAAUGAAGCUGGUAUUGCCAAGCUUACAGGUGGACGAGGUGUUACUGUUGGACCCAUUUUAAGCAAAGAUGGACGCAGUGACAUCUUCUGUGACAAUGAGCACGGAGCAAACUUCUUGUUCAAAAACAACGGUAAUGGAACGUUUACAGACGUGGCUGCAGAAUCAGGUGUUUCCGAUUCAUAUGAGCAUGGUAGGGGUGUUAUGCUGACUGACUUUGAUGGAGAUGGGAAACUUGACAUUGUGUAUGGCAACUGGAAUGGGCCCCAUAGACUCUUCCUACAGACAGCUGAUGAUGAAGGCCGACCCAAAUUCAGGAAUAUUGCAACUGAAGAAUUUGCCAGGCCAUCUCCCAUUCGGACAGUCAUUGCAGCUGAUUUCAACAAUGAUGGUAAUUUAGAGGUUCUACUGAAUAAUAUUGCCUACCGUGGACCUGCUCCAAACAGGCUUUUCCAAAUUCUCAGAGGCAUAAAUGGUCAAGAUCCAUCAAUCAAAGAGAUUAACAUUGGUGAUGCACUAGAACCCAAUGGCAGAGGAACAGGAGGUGCAGUGACUGAUCUGGAUGGUGAUGGAAAACUUGAGGUCAUUCUGUCACAUGGAGAGUCUGCAGAACAACCAAUUAGUAUCUAUAGAGUCAACUCCGAUGAAGAAAACAGACCAAAAGGGUGGCUACGUGUACGUGUUAACACACAGCAUGGAGCUCCAGCCAGGGGAGCACAGGUGACACUUCAUACUAAUAAUGGGAAGUACUCCAGAGUGAUUGAUGCUGGAUCUGGGUACCUCUGCCAGAUGGAACCAGUGGCUCACUUUGGCUUCAACACUGAAACACCCACAAGGCUAGAAGUUAUGUGGCCUGAUACAAGCUUUAAGGCAGUUGAUCUUAAUUCUACAAAUAUGAAUAGUGAGAUGACUGUUACUCAUCCUGGCACCAGUGGACAGACAGUUGCUCCCAUUACCUCUAACUCUCAGUGUGCACCUGGAUGGACACUGGACAUCACAAGUGGACGCUGCAUUGACAUAAAUGAAUGUGAUGCAGAUAAUACUUGUGGACGACGGUAUAGAUGUGUAAAUACUCUUGGUACUUAUAAAUGUGUACCAAACAUUCUUUGUCCAGAAGGCUAUCAGGCAUCCCAACAAUUUACAUGUGAAGAUGUUGAUGAAUGCCAAGGACAAGUAUGUGCCCAUUUCUGCACCAACACACUGGGCUCCUACCAAUGCAGAUGUCGCAAUGGGUAUCGCCUAGACCACGCUAAUGGAGCCUGUAGAGACAUAAAUGAGUGUGCAGAGGGCACUCACAGUUGUCAACAAUAUUGUCAUAACCACCGUGGAGGUUACCACUGCCACUGCUUUAGGGGCUAUACCUUAGGUUAUGACCGUCAUUCCUGUAGACCAAAUGGAAUAAACUGAUGCAUUUGGUUGUUUUUGGAUGGAGCAAUUUUUAUAUUCCUAGAAUUAUAUGCAAAUUCCACUGAGAUUCGGUAUGUACAUAUAAUCUGUCAUGUGUUUGAUUCUACAAAAGAGGACCACUGAUAUAUUCACAGGAAAAUCAAGUUUGUCACAAUUCUUGUAUACUGUAUUUUAUAAAAAUUUUAUACCAAGCUAUUUAUUGAUAGUUCUACCUUGUUACUGAUUCUGACCAACACCACCUACAGAAUUUUUUGUGCGAAAGAGAGGAAAGAUUUUAAAAUGCCGUGAUUCAGCUCCUUUUGGACACCAGAAAUAGAGUUAAGAAAAGCAAUAUAUACCUUGCCAGUUCAGUGUGAGAGAAAAGAGGAGAGAUUGUGAGAGAAGAAAGAUGAAGAAAAGUAAAAGACAGAGUGGAUAAAAGAAGAGAGGGAGCAACAGGGAAAGAAUGGGAAGGAGAAGAGAGAAAAAGUGAGAGAAAGAACAGAAAGGAGGAGUGAGAGAAAAGGAAAGACAAAGAAGUAGAGAGACACAAAACAAAAUAUAUGAUGAUGGAUGAAUUUUGCUGCAUAUGCACUGGUAAUAGAGAUAUUCCAGUCACAUGAAAAUAUUCUAGUAACAUACUACUUGCAGGUACAACAGACAGUAUUACAGAUAAUGAAGGAAAUUAAUGACAGCAACUCACUUUUUGCAACAUCAGGUACUUGUGUACUGAAGUAACUUGAUAAACAAUAAAAGGAUUAAUGUGUAGACAAAAACACAUGUAAAGAUUGAUACUCAGAGAUAAUGGUGAAGGACAUAACCAUAUGUGUAAAUGCAAAUUUUAGGAACUUGUCACCAUGAAGAUAGUGCUACAUAUUACUAUUAAUUGAGGAUAGGUUUAUCAUGGAUACACCUAGUUUAGUAAUGAAGCAUUUCUGUGAUGGUGUUCCUGUAUUUUAUUCUUUGAUAUUUUAAUAUGGCAGCCAGAACCAUAGUCAAUUAUGAAUAUAAUUGGAAUUCAAAGUUUUAAAAUUGCUACCUGGGGCUGAAUUAUGAUUUAGAAGAAAAAAUACAGAAAUAAAAUUAACGGACUGCAUUGGUAUUAAUAUCUAUGACUAGAUAGGUUGGUGAUGACUUAACUGAAGAAAAUAUAUUUUCUACUUAAAUAUGUGAAUUUACUCUUGUACAGUAUACUCAGAUAUAUGGGAAAAUAUUUAUUUUUUUAAAAAAUAUUAAGUGGAGAACCUUUUUAAUUUCUGUUAAUUUUCUUUUAGUUAACUGAAAAAAAAUAAUAAUAAUCAGAAUUCUCUUGAGAAUUGGCUAAGAAUGUAGUUCUUUUUUAGCACUUUUGAAAAAUAAAAAUCCUAUUGUGAAA